CCUAUAAAAGGGGAAUAGAUCCUCUCUUACCAAAUUAUUGUGGAAGUGCGCGUGUGUGGUGAUCGUAGAGAGAGAUGGGGAGGAGUCCAUGUUGCUCCAAGGAGGGGCUCAACAGAGGAGCCUGGACUGCCUUAGAAGACAAAAUACUGACGGCGUAUAUCAAGGCCCACGGAGAAGGCAAAUGGAGAAACCUCCCCAAGAGAGCAGGUUUGAAGAGAUGCGGCAAGAGCUGUAGACUCAGAUGGUUAAAUUAUCUUAGACCGGACAUCAAGAGAGGCAACAUUUCCAAUGAUGAAGAAGAACUCAUUGUCAGGCUCCAUAAGCUUCUUGGUAACAGAUGGUCUUUAAUAGCUGGAAGGCUACCUGGGCGAACAGACAAUGAAAUCAAGAACUACUGGAACACUACUCUGGGGAAGAAAGCCAAUGCUCAAGCAUCUCCACAGUCCAAGCAAAAUUCCCAGAGCUUUAAAAAACGAGCAAUUGAACCCAUGACUAACACCCAAUCAUCAAAGUCAACACUGGCAACCCAAGUAAUCCCCACCAAGGCCACCAGGUGCACUAAGGUUUUCCUCUCAUUACAGUCACCAUCACCACCAAUACCGCCACCUAAAACUCUCUCCUCAACAGCCAUAGACGACCCACCACAAGCUCCCUUGUUAAAUCAUCAACAAGAUAGCCCAAAUCUUCACUGCCGUGAUGACUCAGAUUUCUUGAAUUUUGGACACUGGAAUGAGUUUCAACCGAGUGAUGGAGGUACACUAAUUGACAAUGAUUGUGACAAGAAUCUGUCCAUUGAUUCUUACCAUUCCUUAGCCUUAUCUGAUGACCUAUUGUUCAAGGAUUGGGCCCUGAAUCGUUGUCUCGAUGACAAUUCAACUUUGGACUUGGAAUCUUUGGCACAUUUGCUUGACUCUGAAGAGUGGCCUGAGAUGCGACAUUGACGAGAAACGACGACAAAAUCUCCACCGUAGAAGAUAUGUAUACAAUUGAUCUGCCCAUGAAUAAAUAGGCAUUCAGUGUUGAUGAUCACCACUUGUAGAAUGUCUUAAUUGACUAUUAAUGUAGAAAUGAAGUAAUAACCAGCUCCUGUUUAGUAUGAAAUUAGAGCAAGUUUAAAGUGCUCGCUGUGCAUGUAACAAAACUACAAUUAGCUAUUACAUGGAAAUAUGUUCUCCUACUAUAUUUAAUAAAAUUUCCUCUCAACAUCAUUCCACAGCAUAUAAA